AUUUCUACUAGCCACACCCCUUAAAUGACUCUUGAGACGCCAUGCCAGACUUGCAGAAGAUUUUCUGGAUAAAAUGAUAAAAGAGUCUGAUUUUAUCACCCUUUACGAAGCUAAACGAGAUAUUUUUAAUCGAUAUGACCGAAAUAGAAGUAAGAAUUGGGGUAAGCUGUCAGUGGUAGACUGUCAUGUAGCAGAGUUUUCAACUUUACAUUAAUUACAAAAAGGUUAUGUUUAUAAUAAGAAUUGUAGCUACUGAUUAAUUUUUGUGUUUUGUAGUGAUUAUUGACAAAAUUUUAACAGGCAUUUUGAAAAUUUAGAAUUUCUACUAGCCACACCCCUUAAAUGACAAAAAUUUUGAGAUUAGAAAAAUCAUAGAUGGAAAAAUUGACCUGUACCGCAAGUACCACAGGCAUAGCUGCGCUGCAUAAUGGCUUGCCGGGUAAAUGGUAUAGAGGAAGGAGGUGUACAAGUACAAGAUGUAGAGGAACAAGAGACCAUUCCAGAAUACACCAAUGAUGAGGUCAUAGCUUCAACUGAGAACUUACCUUCUUGCGAUGUGACAGUCUUUGGACUAAAACUGGGUUUGACACUAGCAGAAAUUAAAGUCAUAAAAGCUGAAACCAGUGACACCAGAUUGCAUGGCUUUCAGAUUUAUACUACCUGGAGGAAUAAGCGGGGAGUUCGUCUAACCAAGAAGGACCGUGAACUGUUGUCUGCAUUUUUUACUGGUACUAAACAUCGCCGUAGUGACUUCACCCAGAAUCGCAAUAGACCAGAAACUAUUGCUGGUCUUACAGAUUGUGCUGUUUACCCAAUGCUAGAGAGUUUAUUUGACAAUGGGCAGAACAGCAAUGUCGACGCUGCCAAGCUCAAAAAAUUUGGCUUGGCUCUAGGUCUGGAGAGUGCAAAUAUUGAUAGUAUCCUGAAUCGAAAUAAAGGAGAAUAUGAAGCAGUCAUUGCUCUAGCUAUUUUUACAGCAUGGAAGAGUAACAUACCUCCAAAUGAAGAUAAUGAUGCACUCAAGGCUCUAGAUGAUGCUUACCAGGCAGUUAUGCAAGAUGGUCUUAAGCAAAGGACAAAAACCACACCAAUUCCGCCAAAUUCUACGACAGAAAAGUUCACAACAUCACUACCAACAUAUCUUGGUAACACUGAAGAAGAAGAACCUCUUAUUAAACUUAACAAGAGUACUCGUAGAUCUAACAAAAGUACUAACAGGAGUAAUCGUAGAUCAAUAAAUUCCAAUCAAGUAGAUAUAGGUAUGGAUGAUGUCAAUCCUGAUCCUAAACCAUCAAGUUACAAAACUGCAGCCUGUAUUUCGUUUAUAUUCUGCUUGAUUGUUGCAGUUGCAAUAGAAGUUUCAUUGCUUACACUCGCUUUCAGCUACAAGCAAGAAGAAACAGUCACCAUAUUACCAGGAGACACAAUACGUCUCCCUCUCCCAGCAUAUGUACCUCCUUCACUUGAUAUAGUGCUAUGGGGUCAAGAAGACACUUGUAGUGCAGAAGUAUUGCUAGCAAAGUGUAGCAACAUUGAAACAAGGGAAGAAGUAUUAAGCUCUCUUCCUCAUAUUGAUUUUAAUUAUCUUGUUUCUCAUUCCAGUGUUACCAUUAGUGAAAGCGUCAUAAGACCGUAUGAAAUUUGGCUCUUUUCAGAAGAAGUUGAUGCUGAUUCUGCUGUUAAGGAACAGUUUCGUGGUCAUCAUUGUCCAUCUGCAACUGAUCAUGAAGCUCUCUGCGCUUUGCUAAAAGUAGGAGAAAAAGCAGUCACAAUAGAUGUUACUGAGUCUUCAUACUACUUCUUUCGCUGUGAUCAAUUCCCUUUCAAUUGCUCUCAAGUCAAUACGUGGGGCAUUAACAAAAUGGUCUAUGACUUUAAUGUACCUCCUGAUGACAUUAUUGACAGUGCAAUAGUACAUGUACAGAACAUCUCUUCCAGGAUUAGGAUAAGAUCCAGUUAUUUCUAUUCUGAAGGUUCUGUCAGUGAUCUAUGCUUGCUUGCACAGCUCAACACAACUGUGUGUGGAUCAGAUAACUUAAUAUACCGUAUGGACAUGACCUAUAGCUCGAUAUUCCAUGAAGUGUUGGUAUAUGCCACAAUACUGGUUGGUCUAAUCAUGACUGUCCUGCUAAUAGCCUGUCUCAUUUGGUGCUACAGGAAUAGAUGUAAGACAACUCAGUGAAUUUCAAGGAAACAUUAACUCCUUUCAAUGAAGUGUAAUGAUAAUUAUUUGUAAUAGUACAAUAGUAAUAAUAAUAACUGUUAUGUCUACAUGUGACUAUUAUUA